AUGGUUGGUUCUGCGGUGGCCCAGGAGGCUGUCAAUGAAGUCUUAUCAAGAAUCAAAGAGGGUUAUGCAGAGAAGUCAGAUGCAAAGGAGCACAUAGAGAGGAUGGAGAUGGCGCACAUCAAGCUAGAAGCCGCCCUUGAGGCAUCCAACAAGUGGAACAUCACUAGCCCGCCACUACUACGCUGGAGGAGCAAGCUCAAGCGUGCCACACAGGAGUGCGACCACACUUUGCGCCGGUGCAGGCAGCGAUUGCAAGAAGAGGAAGAAGUGAAACAAGGGCUACAGAGCUCCUCCUUUCCUAAGAGGGUCACUCAUACUGCCAUGUCAUUUGUUUCGUCAAUGUUUAGCAGCGGUAGCGACAACAAGCCAAGAGGAUCCACUGCCGUCCGGCGAUUUGAGCGGUUUGCUGAUGGUGCCAGCGAGUUCUUGAGGUACGUGGAGCUUGGUUGCACACCAUGCAGAUACAUGUUCUCUGUGCCUCUUGUACGCCAUCUUCUUGCUGGCAAAGGAACAAAGGAUUGCUUUGUUCGUGGGGGCCAACAUCUCUCACUUACUCUACAGCCCUUUAGUCUACCCAACCAUGGGAUGGGGGCGUGCUUGGUAUUCUUACUUGAGGAUGGCAAUGUGCCAGAGAAUAAUUUCCUUCUUGCCCUAAGCUUACAGCUCUCUGAGAGUACUGACAUAGUUGGGGUUGUAGUCAGAUGCCUGCAGCGGUUCAAACCGUACUUGAGCUUCACAGCCGACACUGUAAAGACAAAGCUGACCCAGAUGCCAACGCAAGACUUGUGUUGGGUGUUUGAUGCUUAUUCAGUUUAUGGCUGUGAUGAUCAACAGAACAGUCUUCACACCAUGUGGUGGUCUAAAUGGUUUCGACCAAACCCAUUUUGCUGUCAACAACUAGAACAUCUCCAUGCCCAGAGCUCCUCUUCAGAAUCAUUGACAUGUGAUAUAUACAUGGAACCAGUUAUCCAAGUGUAUUUGCUAGGACAUGUUGCACUGUCAGUUGGGAACAAUAGGCAGAGCGCAGUCAUCGAUGGCGAAAGCCAAACAAGCCCCACAAGAGACUUUCAAUAUCUGAAACUUGGAGCACACUUCUCGCCUCAUGCCUCUUUUGAAGAUUUGUCACAUACUGUUGGGGGUUCAGUGUCAGAGAUAAUCAACGAUGAAGCCAAACAUUGUGCCAUGUAUGCAAACAUUUCCUUUGAACAGCUGGGCGAGAUCACGAUGCCAAAAGCAGUAGAUUGCCUUAGUAGGAAUCGGGAAGCUACCUCAUAUCAGAUGUCGUGGAAGUCCAAGCAUGGAAGCGCGUACCUUCGGGUCAAGAAGACCUCAUGGAGAGCAACUACUAGGAAGGACAAAGUUGGAAAACGCUGUAAGCAACGGCAGGACAAGAAGGUUCCAGCUCAGGGAUGGACAGGUGCUAACAGUGAGUUCAUUAUUAGCUCGUGGGUCGCGCACAUGCCUGCCCAGUUGCAGGGCUCGAUCGUUGACAAUUGGAUUCAGAAACAAAAGCGACCCACACUACCGUUGUUAUUGAAAACUAAUUCUUGCGUCCAUGAUUGUCCAAUCACGAUGUUGUUUUUGCAAGAUUACAGUUAUUUGGCAAGGAAGCUCAAGAUGUCCAGCACGUUAAACCCCUGA